UGUCUCUGCAGGGCUUCCGUAAAGCGGAAAUACGUCAUCUACACGCGCCCGUUACCCUGACAACGCUACGCUAUGUCGCUCGUUUGCGCGAAGUGAAGAUGGCGAAAACUUGCACGGACAAGUUGUGGGACUUGGCCGCCGCCGAGGUCCAAAGUCGGGAGAAUGGCGGUGGAGAGGACGCCGGUGGUGGCGGAGAAGCAGCGGGGGAGAGGAGCGUCUUUCUCAUCGGAAGCAAGCAAGGGGGUAAAACGUCCAUUCUCUUCCGCUGCCUGGACAGGGACGAACCAGCUAAGCCCACCCUUGCUCUGGAGUACACGUUUGGCAGGAGGGGCACUGGACACAACACGCCCAAAGACAUCGCCCACCUGUGGGAGCUGGGAGGCGGGACCUCCUUGUCGGACCUGAUGCAGAUCCCCAUCACACCUGCCAGCGUCAGGUCCCUGUCCGUCAUCCUGGUGGUGGACCUGUCAGCCCCGUGCGCUCUGUGGGCCACCGCGGAGACGCUGUUGCGGGCGGCGCAGGCCCACGUGGAGCGGGCCGCGUCCCGAGCGCGUCAAGGCGACAGGAGCCGGGCGGCAGCCAAACGCUCGCCGGCCUUCGCCCCACGCGCCCUGCCCAAAGAUUUCCCGGACCGAGAGCUGAUCAGUGCUUUUCCAGUCCCUCUGCUCAUCAUCGGCAGCAAGUAUGACCUCUUCCAGGAAUUGCCAUCGGACAAGAGGAAAGUGGUGUGCAAGACGUUGCGUUUCGUAGCGCACUACCACGCCGCCUCACUCGUUUUCAGCAGCAUCAGGUCCGAGAGCCUCAUGUCCAAGACCAAGAGCUUCUUCUCCCAGCUGGCCUUCAACGUGGAUGCAGGGAAAACCGUGUCAUUCGACUCCAGCAAGCCCCUCAUCAUUCCGGCGGGUUCCGACUCCUUCAGCCAAAUCGGUUCUCCACCCACGACGGACGUGGACAUCACUUCCCUCCAUGCUAGGGACCCCAAGGACCUCUGGAAGAAAGUCUACGAGCGCAUCUUCCCUCCAGAGAACACCAGCGAGAAGAAGGAAGUUAAGGAUCCAGCCAAGGACCCCCAAUACAGCGAACCGCAGAUCGAUGCCAUGCGAGCGCAGAAAGAUCAGGAGUUGGAAGAGUACAAGAAGAAUGCAGCAAAGUCUUGGAAAGGGCUGGAACUGGACACAUAACUUAAAAUAAUACAGUAUUCAUUGUAUAUUACAGCAAUCGUCAUUUUCUGAUUUUUUUUUUUUUUACCCCAACAGAAAAUGCACACAUUUGCAUUACUGUAAAAUUUGAGGAUUAAACAUUUUAAAAGGCGGAAAAAAAUGAUUACAACACAGUAGUACAAAAAAUGGCAUCGACAUUGAUCAAUUUAACAUACCAUAAUUUCCGGCCUACAAGCCGCGACUUUUUCCCCCCACACGCUUGCAACCGUUGCGGUGAUGCGGCGAAUUUGUGCAUUUUUUGUAACGGCCGCAAGGGGGCACUUCAGCGGAAAAAGGUAAGAGUGAGAUCGGAAUAUAUGUGCCAAGGAAGUGACUUUUACGAGCCAUUUAAGUGCUGCGCUAGUGUUAGCACUCCGCUAGUGUGUUGCUGCUGUGUUACUGGCGUGUCUCUGAUUUUUACUGGUUUUUUUUUUUUUUUUUAAACUGGCCCUGUCAGCGUUAGCGCCACGCUUGUGUUAGCGUUAAACUCUUUCUGUGUACUGUCUUUCUUUGUAAAUAUCUCACAUUUCAAUGUGGGCACUUGCAGCUUUUACACAGCUGUGUCGUAUGUACCAAAUGACGUUUCUUUUACAAAUUUACUGGGUGAGGCUUACAACCAGGUGCGCUCUGUAGGAUGGGAUUUACGGUACACACAAUGGUACCAAAAGUACACAUCCAGGCCAGUUUGUGGACAUCAGUGCCUGGCUCUAUGGCAAGCCAAUGAUCUAAAUGUACAUAUCGUUAGAUUAAAAACAUAACCGCCUGAG